CUUUGUUGUACCCGACUACUGAGGAUACUGGAAACAGCACAACAACUGACUGUGAACACGAGGAAAUUAAACUUUUACAGGUGAUGGCAAGCUCACAGCGUGAUGUCAUCAACUUCUCAGCACUGGAGAGAGAGCUGCAGGGAGCCAUCGAGUCUGAGCAGAAAUACAAGAGAGAGAACGAAGCCAAACUGAGAGCGGUCAACCAGAAGGUCUCCUACGACCAGUUCAGAGACCUGGUCCUGUCGUGUCACCUGAGGCCUCUGGAGAAGAAAGACAAAGAUGGAGCUCCACGGAAACAACCCUGGAACCCUGUCGCUCCGACAUGAUGGACACCCACAUCCAGAGUUUUUAUGAAAUAUUAAGAAAUUCUCCUUACACCGCAACCAACUUCUAAUAAAAUAGAUAAGCAAGUAUUUAACAUCCCAGCUUGAUUUUUUUUGUCUUUCUUUAGAUUCAGUUUUUUCUAUUUGUUUUCUCUGAUUUGGUCAAGAGUUGUACUUUAAUAAAAUGAGAGUGAACCAUUAGGGUGUUUUUUCUUGUCUGUGCUUCUGAUUUAAAAUAGUACUAAAGAGAUAGAGGCAACAUAAUCAGUCUUUUUCUCAAAUACAGUAUCUGUAAGGAAAAUUCACAAUACAAAACUGUGUAAAAUACACAAAAAAUACUAAAGCAAAAAUAAAUGAA